UAAUGCUCCUAAGGAGUUAUUCGCCAUAAAACAAGAAGAAAAAGAAGAAGGAUUCAUAGGUUUCUCUGGUUUGUGCAUGUACUGAUUAAUUAAUAAAUGGAAAAAAGGAGAUUCAAUAUCAAUUUGGACGACUCCGCGUUAACAAAGGAAAGAAUUCCGGUGACAUCUUUGUUUAAGGCCAAAGAUGGUCAAGUAGAGACCCCAUCUGCUCAGAGUGCUCCUCCAGCUCCUGGCCAACCACUGUCCUAUGCAGAGUUUGUUGUUCAGAGCAAAAACAGGGCACUUCAGGGAGCAGCCCAUGGACCAGGGAAACAAAGUAGGAACGACGCUGCAGGGCAAAGCAGUGCAAACACAGCUGACAGUGGAUCAGUUAGUACGUCCUCCACAGACUCUGGAAAGCCUGAGACUGAGCAGCAGGGACCAGCAAAAGUACUAACAGAAGAUCAAACGAAAGAGGAAGGUCAGAGUUCGGAGAGUUGUAUCAUUCCUCCUCAUCUCUUAGGAUCUGGAAACAGUAUUGUUGUCAGUCCUCGACAGAGAGGCAACCCCAUCCUAAAGUUUGUGAGAAAUGUUCCUUGGGAGUUUGGAGAAGUUGUGCCAGACUAUGUUUUGGGACGGACAACCUGUGCUCUUUUUCUCAGUGUGCGUUACCAUAAUUUGAACCCAAACUACGUCCAUGAGCGUCUGAAACAGCUGGGACAGAGUUUCACCCUCAGAAUAUUACUCCUCCAGGUUGACGUGAAAGACCCUCAUCAUGCACUGAAAGAGCUUGCUCGAAUAUGCAUCAUGGCUGACUGUACCCUCAUUUUGGCCUGGAGUCCUGAAGAAGCAGGCCGUUACCUUGAGACAUAUAAAUCCUACGAGAAAAAACCUGCAGAUGUUCUGAAAGAACAAGUGGAGAAAAAUUACUUGUCCCAGGUUACAGAUUGUUUAACCACAGUGAAGUCUGUCAAUAAGACAGAUGCCAUGACUCUCCUGUCUACGUUUUCUUCUUUGGAGGGAAUCAUUAAGGCCUCUAAGGAAGAACUGGUUUUGUGUCCUGGACUUGGUCCACAAAAGGCAAGAAGGCUUUAUGAUGUACUGCACCAGCCCUUCAUAAAGACCAAGAAGAAGGAAAGCUGAGCUGAUAAAGCCAAACUGCUUUUCUUGAAAUCACCAACUGUCUUAGAACAGAGUGCCUAGAAUAAGGUUCUGGAGCCAUAUAGCACAAGGUCAGCUGGAGGCUUCAGGGUCGUUGGCCUAUGAUGAUCUCGGUCUUUAAUUUGGGGCAUAAACAGCCAUAAAUGCAGUGGUUUAUUUAUUAAUUUUUGUAAAGAAAGUAACCUGCUUUUAUAAUUCUGUAAAUUCAGUCUGACUCCGUAGGAUGAGGCAAGGUUAACAUUUGAGUUAAAAUAACUUUUUUUUUCAUGUGUGUUUAUGAAAAUUUCAAUAAAUUUCAACACUAUUUUGCAAUAUGUUAUGUUGUUUUUUUAGAGUGGGAGGGGAGAUUCUAUAAUAACUCCAUGAUUCUUAUUGCAACUGAA